GCAAACAGUGGGUUUCCUAUUUGGGCCUUUCCUAUUUUGGUUUCACCAUCACCAGUUCACCACUCACUUCUCUCUCUCUCUCUCUCUCUCAUCCGUCCGGAGCUAGAGAAAAUCAAAUCAAAUCAAAGCUCCAUUUGAUUUCGUCCCCCUUUUAUUCGCUGUUAGCAAAAUCAGGGUUGAGUAAAGUUUCCUCCACUCUGUUAUCUGUUUCGAAGAUGGCCAUGGCCAUGAAUGCGGUGCCAUCAAACACAGCUCAUGGAAAUCUUGAUGAGCGAAUUGCUCUGCUUAUGCAGUGCAAACCCUUGUCCGAGUAUGAGGUAAAAGGACUGUGCGAGAAAGCGAAGGAGAUUCUAAUGAAAGAGAGCAAUGUGCAGGUUGAGUCAGAGAUAUUUUGCCUUCAUGGUGGUUUGUCUCCGUCGAUUGAAACUCUUGAUAAUAUACGCAAUUUCGACCGGGUACAAGAAGUUCCACAUGACGGUGCCAUGUGUGAUCUUUUAUGGUCUGAUCCUGAUGAUCGUUGUGGUUGGGGUAUCUCACCAAGGGGUGCUGGAUAUACAUUUGGCAAGGAUAUUUCUGAGCAAUUUCACCUCACCAACAACUUGAAGCUAAUUGCUAGAGCACACCAGCUGGUUAUGGAGGGAUUCAAUUGGGCCCAUGAUCAAAAGGUGGUUACCAUCUUUAGUGCACCGAAUUAUUGUUACCGCUGUGGUAAUAUGGCUUCCAUCUUGGAGGUGGAUGAUUCCAGGGACCGUACAUUCAUUCAAUUUGAACCAUCUCCCAGGAGAGGGGAGCCAGAUGUAACCCGAAGAACACCCGAUUACUUCCUAUGAUGCAAGUGCACAACCCUAUUGACUUCUGUGCAGAAGGUCCUGCUAACUGCUUUAUAUGCUGUGAGCCUCUUACAAGCUUGUAGUUCUUUCUGCUACGAUGGUGUGAGGGAAUGCUAUGGAAUGAAGCACGUAACUCAGGCAUGUGAUACUCUUUUCUUUCCGCUGUUCCCCUGAAACCUCAUUGAGAUGCUGUGAAGAGAUGGUGAAACCAGUGAUAGGUGCAUGUAUUAUUUUUCUCUCUGUUCCUAUAUUUUUUUGUUAGUAGAAAGGAUAAUGAUCUGCUUCCUGAUAAUUUUUGUCCCUUUACAAGGACAAUCACUAUAGUAUAAGUUCUUUAGAGGUAAGAUAAUCAUUUUUACACCUUUCAAUGAGUGUAUAGUUUUCUCUGAGGUCAAGACUUUUGAUUUUUCAAUGUGGUUUUAUUCAAGUUUUAUUGUUGUUUUUAGC